AGUAUGGGCAACUCUGUUGACCAUCUCUCAUUGCCUGUACUGCAGAAGCAUCAGGCUGAGGAGCAGGAUGGGCAUUCACAGGAUCUAGGUCUUAAUACCAGAUGUUGUUCCAACCUUUACUGGGGAAGAUGUGCUCACAUGUCUAUUCAGCCCAGAAUGAUGGGUGAGGGGUUACAAACAGAAGCAUUGAUGACUCAAAAGGCACCGUAUCCAUGAGAACCCCAACACAUCACAAAUGAUGCCUCAUGGUGGCUGCCACCCUGGAGAUGGGAGAGUCAACUACAGGCAGCCUGGCUAUUUGGUUUCCACUUGACUGAUAGACAUAUCCACGCAUCAUUUGCUGAUGACAACCUACUCCAAAUGACUAUAAAGAUAGAGAAAAUGAUAAAGAGAAAAAAGCAGUGGUUUGUGUUGAGGGCAAUAUUGCAAGUGGGAAGACAACAUGCCUGGAAUUCUUCUCCAACACAACAGACGUCGAGGUGUUGAUGGAGCCUGUGCUCAAGUGGAGAAAUGUCCGAGGCCACAAUCCCCUGGGUCUAAUGUACCACGAUGCCAGUCGGUGGGGUCUCACACUGCAGACUUACGUGCAGCUCACUAUGCUGGACCAGCACACUCGUCCUCAGAUGUCACCUGUACGGUUGAUGGAAAGGUCAAUUUACAGUGCAAGAUACAUUUUUGUAGAAAACCUGUAUAGAAGCGGGAAGAUGCCUGAGGUUGACUACGUGAUUCUAUCUGAGUGGUUUGAUUGGAUCAUCAGGAACAUUGACGUCUCCGUUGAUCUGAUAGUUUAUCUUCGAACCACUCCUGAAAUCUGCUACCAGAGAUUAAAGACGAGGUGCAGGGAAGAGGAGAGAAUCAUUCCGAUGGAGUACAUCAGUGCUAUUCAUCGCCUCUAUGAGGAGUGGCUGGUCACUGGCAGCCUUUUCCCAGCUGCAGCCCCUGUUCUGGUGAUUGAGGCUGACCACGACUUGGAGAAAAUGUUAGAACUCUUUGAACAAAACCGGGCCCGAAUAUUAACUCCAGACAAUUGGAAGCAUGGCCCGUAGGACUGGACAUGGCCGAAGUCUACAUGACAGUGUCAGGAGUAGCCCAGAAGGGCCACAUUAGCUCUUUAGAAGCAUUUGGAAGAAUCUACUCUCAGGAGCGUCUGUUACCUGGUCAGAUCUAUU